AUGACUGCCAUCAGACUACACGAUGUGAAGCCGACACAAGACGGGACCGACAAAGGAGCGAUACGUCGCCGUACAGUGAAGGCCGACACAACUCCCAACACCCUAUCCGAAACUGAAGACCCAUGGCUCGAGACACCACACGACGAUGAAACCUCCAAACUACCUCUAGAAUCACGCCCUUUCAUACCAACAUCCGUCUACUGGGUAUCACCGCACAGUACCCUCGCCUCCAAGAUCACCGUGCUCGAUCUCUCAAAAGACAUGGACGUCCAAUACUCUGGCAUGACCGACGAGUACAAAGCGCAAGUCGCGAAGACAAUGCAAGACCAUUCCUACUCGCCAGUGAUUACUUGUACUCGGAAUGGCUGGUUCAGCAUGAACUUUGACAUCACGGACGACCAAGACAAGCAGCUCGCACACUGGGCGCACCCAUGGUCGUCCUUUGGAGAAGCAGUCCUGACAUUCCCCACCGACUCAACGCACUCAUCGCAUCCGAUAAGUCUCAAGAACAAGAUGUGGAAUACGCGGACUGAGGCUUUCACGAUCAAUUCGCAGCCAUUCCUUUGGGAGCCGGACAGUCAUUGGCACUCACAGAACAUGACGCUAUAUAAAGUCACGGGGACUGGGGACGCGGAGAAGAAAUUUGAGAUUGGCAAGUAUGCGCAGAAGUGGUGGGGCAGUGUUUGGACAGGCGGGACGUUUGUGGUGGAUGACAGGGAGAUUGAUGGGGUUGUGGCAUUCGGAAACUCUGGUCUCUUUUUGUCAGUCUACAGCCGACAAAUGAUCGAGCACGUCGUCGAGCAAAUCGACAUGCUCUACUGGGAAGCAGGCACCCACAACAUCGACGAAAUGAGCGAUCCGAGCACAGAGAUUGUCGAAGACGCGAACACAAUUUUCCAAAACGACGACCUCACGCAAGACUCAAACAUCGCAAAGCUCCCUACGCACUGGGAUACGUCCGCCGACCCCACAACAUCGCGCAAUCGCGACAUCACACAAGACGACUACCUAACCUCCGUCACGCACCUACAAGACCUCUCUGCGCGCAGGCAAAUGCUGCAGAACAAGCUGAACACAUACCGCACACUGCUAUCGCUACUCGAACCCUACCGCAAGCCGAAGGAAAACAUACAGCCGAACUUGGUAUGGAAGGACUCGCCGCUUGCACCGGAGCUGGCAAAGAUGCGGACGCUGGCAAUACGUGUUGCGGGCAGAGUGGGUGAGAAGUUUGGCGAUGUACAAGUGCCGGCGACGGCGGAGGAUGAGGAGGAUGUUGAUAUGGAGGAUUUGAGGGAAGAGGGGAGGGGGAAGGUGGAUCGGCUGCUUGAUAGUUGGUGA